AUGUCACGUAUAACCAUCCUAUUAGUAUCGGAUAUUCAUGGUCGCAUCGAUAAUAUCGACGGCCUACAUAAAUGGCUAACGGAACGGCAACGAAUAGAAACUAUUGACUUUAUCAUUGCCUCCGGUGAUCUGGUUACUAUAGAUCAUGAAGUUGAUGAUGAGAUUGUAAAGGAAAGGUUAAGAUUAAUGUUUAAGAUGUGUUAUGAAUAUAGAGUGAGCGAGUAUGUGUGUGGCAAUCACGAUCCAUCAGAAGCUUUCUAUAUGUACGCAUAUGAUGAACUCGGUAAACAGAGAAGUGCAGGUUCAGACCUAGUCAAGAAUUUCCAUAAUAAAGUGAUCGAUAUAGCACCAGGACUCAGUAUGGUUGGAUUUGGUGGUUCAACAGAAGCUGCGUUAAGAAAUGAGCCAUCCAAAGUCGUCUGGCCAGCAUACCCCUUGGACACUGAGUCGUUGCUCUCUAAGCAACUACCAAUACUUUUUUCCAAAGUUCCCAAACAGAAUGACAUUAUGCUGGUUACUCAUGUCGGUCCAGUAGAUGUAUCAACAACCGAUGUCAAUAAAUACCCAAAUGACUUGAAAGAAAGGAUAUCUGGGGGGAGCGCUGCUAUAUCUAGACAUAUCGCCAACGAAUCUCCAAGAAAAACACCAGAUGAUGUAGAUGUCCUAACACUAACAGUCAAUGUUCAUGGACACACUCACUUUCCCUUUGGAAUCUCACACAUAGGGCGUACGGUGAUAGUGAAUCCUGGUCCGCUUCGGGAUGGACGGUUUGCAAUCCUGACAUUGGAAAGACAUAGUCAAGAUGAAUUAAUCCACAAAGACACUUCACGGAAAAGACUCACAGAAGCAUUGCAACGCAAGCAAGUUUGGAUCGUUUCUGGCGUUGAAUUUUAUCUUAUUUAA